UGGUACUUUAGUCCCGCUGAACAAACCUACACCACCAUUCGAUGCAGUUCAGACCGCUUCGGUGUUUCUCGUGGGCCUUCAUUCAUCUACUGUUGUGAUCGAUUGACGAGAGAGAUCUCCAAUCAAAACAACAACGAGAAACUCAUCAACCUCUUACAAUCUCUCAAGAGAAACAAGUUGAACAGAACAACCAAAACACAAACCAACCAUGCCUUGCUCUCAGCGUCCCUUUCGCCACGGUCACCACGGUCACCGCGGUCACCGCGGUGGCUUCCAUCCGUACAUGAUGAUGCGAGGAGGAUUCCCUCAUUUCCACCCCUUCUUCAUGGCCGCGAAUGAAUCCGCCGAGGAAGACUCUUCUCCCAUGAGCAUGUUCCAGAAGAACAAGAGUACCUGGAAUGAAACUGAAGAGAAUUACAUCUUCCAGAUGGAUGUUCCCGGGGUCAAGGCUCACCAAAUCACCAUUGAAGAGAAAGACGGGGAAGUGGAAGUCACUGCAAUCCGCAUGAACAACAAGAACGAGAUUGAGAAGACUUACCAGGAGAUUCUCUACGUCCGCCCGACCACUUCGGAUCUCGCGAACACCGUCGCAACCCUUGACAACGGAGUCUUGACGGUUAUCGUACCCAAGAAGUCGAACGAUCCCGUGAACAUUGAGACCGAGACUACCUCGCCUCCCGAAGCCACGGAUGACAAGGAGUUCCGCAUUUCCAUUGAUCUUCCUGGUGUCAAAGCUCCCGACCUCAAGGCGCAUGCCCGCCAAGGCAAGGUCUACAUCGAGGCUACUCGCAAGAUCGGCGACCGCGUUUUGAAGCUCCACCGCACCAUAGAGACGCAGGAUCUCGCUUCGGUUGACGUGGCCCAUGCCCGUGCCUUUCUCCAGGACGGAGUCUUCACUUUGGUGGUUCCAUCGAAUCAGGAGGAGGCAAUGGAUAGCGACGAGAAGAAGCCUGCUGGCAUGAGAACCAUCUGGGUCACCAGUGAAGAUGAGGUGCCCGCGGCGCUCGCAUCUCUCUACUUGGACGACAAGGACGAAGAAUUGAAGGAAGCCAUGGUGGUCGAGACUGUCACUGAAGAUGACAAGGAAGGAUGGGAACAGGUCAACGAAGACACCAAGAAACCCGCCGGAAAGACCGACUAAAAGUGCGGUGCAGUCAUUUAGCAAAACACAUAGGCACAUCUUUGUUUGUCAGCGGAAAACCCGAGCAGAGAGAGUCCUUUCAAGCAACAGAUCUUAGUAAAGUAAUAAGCAACGAAACACCUAUUAGCUUUUUUGUUGCUGUGAUUGACCUACCGGUACUGUAGUACAAGAGUCUAAAAUCGACCAUGGGAAACUCCUUCACUCUGAACUAGCUAGGAAU